AUGAAAGUGCUCAAGGAAAGAGACGCCUUUCUAGCCGACUACGAGGUGCUUCUGCAUCUCAAUGGGCUUAAGGAAAAGUACAACUGGACUUUUUCGCCUCAGGAGGAUAAGGAUUCGAAACACCGCCGGAAAAGGUUCACUGGUGCUGGUGUUGAUUUGGAGGUCAUCACAAGAGACGUUACGCUGUGCUUGAACAAGCUGGCUGCGGGAGAGAUUCCUGAUGCAAAUGCUGUGAAGGAGAUUAUGUCUUUUUUGAACCAGUACGAGUUGGUUAAGGUUGAGAAGCUUCAGAUCCUCAAUUCGUUGCCUAGAUCGAUGGUGCAUCUUUAUGCUUUGGUGGAGGAAUGUGACCAGAGGUUUAGUGAAGAAGCCUGUGAAGCUAUCUUGACGAAGAUUAAUGACGUGGUUCCUCGUGCUGAGGCUGAAGAGGAUGUCGAGGAAGAGGAACAAGCGGAGGAGGAUUAG